AUGAAAGAGUUAGGAUUAGCAGACCUGAAACCAGCACCAGCUAAGCUAGAUGAUGACGGGGCCCAAGUAAAGGAUCCCACAGAAGAAGUCAACUUGGGAACUCCAGAAGAUCCUAAGAUCACAUAUGUAAAUGCUGCUUUGCCUAUUGAAAUAAAGGAAAAUUAUGAUGAAAUGCCAGGUUUAGAUAGGUCUUUAGUUGAACACAAAAUACCUAUAAAGGAGAACUACGUACCUUUUAAACAGGCACCAAGGAGAAUGAAGGAUGAUGUCUUACCUCAAGUCAAAAAAGAAAUGGAACGUUUAUUUGAGGCAAAGUUUAUUCGACCGGUCAAGUAUGUUGAAUGGGUCUCAAAUGUUGUCCCAGUAUUAAAGAAAAAUGGGAAAGUUAGAGUAUGCGUUGAUUUUAGAGAUCUUAAUACCGCAUCACCAAAGGAUCAAUAUCCAAUGCCUGUUGCUGAUUUGCUAGUCGAUGCAACAGUAGGGUACCAAAUGCUGUCCUUCAUGGAUGUUUAUAUAGACGAUGUAGUUGUAAAAUCAAAUUCAGUUGACGAGCACCUACAUCAUCUUGAACAGACUCUGGAAAGGAUGAGGCGUUACAAUCUGAAAAUGAAUCCUUUGAAAUGUGCAUUUGGUGUCACCGCAGGAAACUUUUUAGGAUUCUUGGUGCAUCAAAAAGGGAUUGAGAUUGAUAAAACUAAAGCUGAUGCUAUUUUGAAAGCACAGACAAUGGCAUUCUCCCCAUUAUUAAAAUUGAGGUCAGAAAAAGAUUUCAGAUGGGAACAAGAGCAUCAGAAAGCUUUUGAUACUUUAAAGCAAUCUUUGGUGACACCUCCUGUUCUGAUGCCUCCAAUAAAUGGAAAACCAUUGAAGUUGUACAUAUCAGCAACGCACCAUUCGAUUGCAACUAGAGUAAUGAUCAUUUCCCAAACAGAUAUAAUAAAAUAUAUCCUGUCUAGACCCAUUUUGAGAGGGAGACAGGGGAAAUGGAUUUUAGCGCUAGUAGAGUAUGACUUUGAAUAUGUGCCUCAAAAGGCAGUAAAAGGACAAGCUUUGGCAGAUUUCUUAGCUGAGCAUCCAAAUCUACCUUUGGAAGAGGAUACUUUUGAGGUACAUCUUUUGGAGCUUAAACCUUGGCAACUGUCUUUUGAUGAGUAUGAGGCCUUGAUCAUAGGCUUGGAAAUAGCAAAAGAUUUGAAUAUACGAUAUUUGAAAGUUUCUGGGGACUCACAAUUGGUCAUCCGACAAAUUACAGGACAUUAUAAGUGCAAUCACCCCUUAUUGAGCCUGCAACUAGAAAAGGUUCAGUGUCUUGUCCAAAACUUUGAUGAAAUAUGCUUUCAGCACAUCUUGAGACUUCAAAAUAGCGAGGCCAAUCAAAUGGCUCAGACAGCUUCAGGAGUUAAGAUUCCUGAAGGAGACACGGAGAAAAUAAUUAGAAUCCAAAAACGAUAUCUACCUUUUUCAUUGGAAAGGGAAAAAGAUCGAUUGGAUGUGUUUGUAAUCGAUAUUUCAGACGAUUGGAUGAUUCCAAUAAAGAAUUACCUUCUAAAUCCUAAUGAAAAGGUGGAAAGGACUGUCAAGUGCAGGUCCAUCAAUUAUGUUUUAUUAGAGCAGGAUUUGUAUAGAAAAACGUCUGAUGGUCUAUUAUUGUUGUGCGUUGACAAGGACCAAUCAAUGAGAAUUAUGGGAGAAGUCCAUGAAGGGACUUGUGGUGCUCAUCAAGCUGGUGAUAAAAUGAGGUGGUUAAUUAAAAGACACGGAUAUUAUUGGCCAAAUAUUCGAGCUGACUGUAUUCAGUAUGCUAAAGGUUGCCAGCAAUGCCAAAAGCAUGGACCAAUCCAAAGGAUACCUGCUCAUCAGUUGCAGUCGAUUGUUAAACCUUGGCCGUUCAGAGGUUGGGCAAUCGAUAUGAUAGGGGAAAUUCACCCAGCAUCUUCAUUUGGAAUUCCUGAAACCAUCACUGUUGAUCAGGCGUCUAUAUUCAAUGGUAGAGAAGUUGUCCAAACAUCACAAAGGGAGAGUACUAAGGUAACACCAUUCGAGUUAGUUUACGGGCACGCAGCGGUAUUGCCAGUCGAAAUUAACGUUCAAUCUUUAAGGGUGACACGUCAUUACGACCCAGAUUUACAGUACGAAGAAGCAAUGUUUUUGGAUAUCGAUGGGCUAGAAGGGAAAAGAUUACACGCCCUGAAUCAGAUUCAAGCCCAAAAGAAAAGAGUUGAAAGGGCUUAUAACAAAAGAGUAAAACAAAAGUCUUUUGCAGUUGGAGACUUAGUGUGGAAAACAAUCCUCCCAAUCGAUUCAAGAAAGAAGAAAGGGAAAUUUGGAAAAUGGUCUCCAAACUGGGAAGGUCCUUUCCGUAUUGCCCAGAUUUUACGAGGGGGUGCAUAUCAUUUGACAUCAAUCGAAGGGGUUCUACACGAAAGAACCAUUAAUGGUAAAUAUUUGAAACAUUAUUUUCCGUCUAUGUGGGAGAGCAUUAGUUAA